AUGGAUCUCCUCAUAUCGCUCCCGCUCCUCUCCUACUUCCUCUCGCCGCACGUCGCCUCGUGGUCCACCUCGAUCAACAUCAUCUUCUUCUACAUGACGUGGACGACGCUCAUCAUCACGCACCCGCCCGUCAACGUGCACAUCGCCGGCAUCCUCGUCAUCCGCGUCAUCUUCUGGCUCGUGCCCUCGGUCCUGACCCUCGCCUUCGACAGCGCCCUGCCCAGCCUCGCCGCGAGCCUCAAGCACGGCGGCUGGGCCUCCCUGCCGCCGCGCAACUCGCGCUUCAUCGCCCAGCAGUUUGCCGUCGCCGUGGCCAACCUCGUCAUCUCGACGGCGUUUGAGGGCCUCGCUGCGAAAGCGUACCUGGGCUUCUUUGGCCGCACGGACAUCAAGACGAGCACCACGCUGCCCAUGCCCAUGACGGUGUUUACGCACCUCGUCAUCUUGUACGUCGCGCGCGAGGUCAUCGUCUACUAUACGCAUCGCUAUGUCCUGCAUCAGCAGUCCUACGGCGGGACCAACAUGAGCAUCGUGUUCGAGUGGCUGGCGGGCCCGCACCGCAACUGGGCGCACUGCCUCGGGGGUGCGCCGUACUCGCUGCUCGUAUUCGCCGACCACCCGUUGCCGUCGCUGAUGCUGCGCGUCAUCCCCGUCUACUUUCCCGCCGUGCUGCUGCGCCCGCACCUGCUCACCUACUUCCUCUUCCUCAUCCUCGUCACCAUCGAGGAGACGGUCACCAUGUCGGGCUACAUCGCUAUCCCGGGCUUCCUCAUGAACGGCAUCGCCCAGCGCAUGGCCGUGCAUUACGCAUCCGGCGGCGGCGCCAACUUUGGCGCCUGCGGUGUGCUUGACUGGAUCAACGAGACGGGCGGCGGCGCUCACGUCCUCGAGGAGAUUGCCCAGUAG